AAUGAAGACAGGCUGUGCAGCAGGGUCUCCGGGGAAUGAAUGGAUUUUCUUCAGCUCUGAUGAAAGAAACACACGCUCUAGGAAAACAAUGUCCAACAGGGCACUGCAAAGAUCUGCCGUGCUGUCUGCGUUUGUUCUGCUGCGAGCUGUGACCGGCUUCUCUGGAGACGGGAAAGCAAUAUGGGAUAAAAAACAGUACGUGAGUCCGGUAAACCCAAGUCAGCUGUUCCUCUAUGACACUUUCCCUAAAAACUUUUCCUGGGGCGUUGGGACCGGAGCAUUUCAAGUGGAAGGGAGUUGGAAGACAGAUGGGAGAGGACCCUCGAUCUGGGAUCGUUACGUCUACUCACACCUGAGAGGUGUCAACAGCACAGACAGAUCCACUGACAGUUAUGUCUUUCUGGAAAAAGAUUUGUUGGCUCUGGAUUUUUUAGGAGUUUCUUUUUAUCAGUUCUCAAUCUCCUGGCCACGCUUGUUUCCCAAUGGAACAGUAGCGGCCGUGAAUGCAAAAGGUCUCCAAUACUACAGUGCACUUCUGGACUCGCUGGUACUUAGGAAUAUAGAACCGAUUGUUACCUUGUACCAUUGGGAUUUGCCUUUGACGCUACAGGAAGAAUAUGGGGGCUGGAAAAAUGCAUCUAUGAUUGAUCUCUUCAAUGACUAUGCCACAUACUGCUUCCAGACCUUUGGAGACCGUGUCAAAUAUUGGAUUACAAUUCAUAACCCUUACCUCGUUGCUUGGCAUGGGUUUGGCACAGGUAUGCAUGCACCAGGAGAGAAGGGAAAUUUAACAGCUGUCUACACUGUGGGACACAACCUGAUCAAGGCACAUUCAAAAGUGUGGCAUAACUACGACAAAAACUUCCGCCCUCAUCAGAAGGGUUUGCUCUCCAUCACCUUGGGCUCCCAUUGGAUAGAACCAAACAGGACAGAAAACAUGGAGGACGCAAUCAACUGCCAGCACUCCAUGUCUUCUGUGCUUGGAUGGUUUGCCAACCCCAUCUACGGGGACGGCGACUACCCUGAGUUCCUGAAGACGAGCGCCAUGAUCCCCGAGUUCUCUGAGGCAGAGAAGGAGGAGGUGAGGGGCACGGCUGACUUCUUUGCCUUUUCCUUCGGGCCCAACAAUUUCAGGCCCUCGAACACCGUGGUGAAAAUGGGACAAAAUGUAUCACUCAACUUAAGACAGGUGCUGAACUGGAUUAAACUAGAAUAUGAUAACCCUCGAAUCUUGAUUUCGGAGAAUGGCUGGUUCACAGAUAGUUACAUAAAGACAGAAGACACCACAGCCAUCUACAUGAUGAAGAAUUUCCUCAACCAGGUUCUUCAAGCAAUAAAGUUUGAUGAAAUACGCGUGUUUGGUUAUACGGCCUGGACUCUGCUGGAUGGCUUUGAGUGGCAGGAUGCCUACACAACCCGUCGAGGGCUGUUUUAUGUGGACUUUAAUAGUGAGCAGAAAGAGAGGAAACCCAAGACCUCAGCUCAUUACUACAAACAAAUCAUACAUGACAACGGUUUCCCUUUGAAAGAGUCCACGCCAGACAUGAAGGGUCAAUUUCCCUGUGACUUCUCCUGGGGAGUCACUGAGUCUGUUCUUAAGCCGGAGUUUACGGUCUCCUCCCCACAGUUUACUGAUCCUCACCUGUAUGUGUGGAAUGUCACUGGCAACAGAUUGCUAUACCGAGUGGAAGGAGUACGGCUAAAAACAAGACCGUCCCAAUGCACAGAUUAUGUGAGCAUCAAAAAACGAGUUGAAAUGUUGGCGAAAAUGAAAGUCACCCGCUACCAGUUUGCCCUGGACUGGACCUCUAUCCUUCCUACUGGGAAUCUGUCUAAAGUUAAUAGACAAGUGCUAAGGUACUAUAGGUGUGUGGUGAGCGAAGGACUGAAGCUGGGCAUCUCCCCCAUGGUGACGUUGUACCAUCCGACUCACUCCUAUCUAGGCCUCCCUAUGCCACUUCUGAGCAGUGGGGGAUGGCUAAACGCGAACACAGCCAAGGCCUUCCAGGACUACGCAGGGCUAUGCUUCCAGGAGCUGGGGGACUUGGUGAAGCUCUGGAUCACCAUCAAUGAACCUAAUAGGCUGAGCGACAUGUACAACCGCACGAGUAACGACACCUAUCGUGCGGCCCACAACUUGAUGCUGGCCCACGCCCAGGUCUGGCACCUCUAUGAUAGACAAUAUAGGCCAGUCCAGCAUGGGGCUGUGUCACUGUCCUUACAUUCCGACUGGGCAGAACCUGCCAACCCCUAUGUGGCUUCACACUGGAAGGCAGCCGAGCGCUUCCUCCAGUUUGAGAUCGCCUGGUUUGCAGAUCCACUCUUCAAGACUGGCGACUACCCAUUGGCCAUGAAGGAAUACAUCGCCUCCAAGAACCAGCAAGGGCUGUCUAGCUCAGUCCUGCCCCGCUUCACCGUGAAGGAGAGCAGGCUGGUGAAGGGUACCAUCGACUUCUACGCACUGAACCACUUCACUACUAGGUUCGUGAUACACAGGCAGCUGACUACUAACCGCUCAGUUGCAGACAGGGACGUCCAGUUCCUGCAGGACAUCACCCGCCUGAGCUCGCCCAGCCGCAUGGCUGUAACACCCUGGGGAGUUCGCAAGCUCCUUGGGUGGAUCCGGAGGAACUACAGAGACAUGGAUAUCUACAUCACAGCCAAUGGCAUUGAUGAUCUGGCUCUAGAGGACGAUCAGAUCCGAAAGUACUACUUGGAGAAGUACGUCCAGGAGGCUCUGAAAGCAUAUCUCAUUGACAAGGUCAAAAUCAAAGGCUACUAUGCAUUCAAACUGACUGAAGAGAAAUCUAAGCCUCGAUUUGGAUUUUUUACAUCUGACUUCAAAGCUAAAUCCUCUGUGCAGUUUUAUAGCAAGCUGAUCAGCAGCGGCGGCUCCCCGUCUGAGAAGAGUAGUCCUGCAUGUGGUCAGCCUGCAGAAGACACAGAGUGUGCCAUUUGCUCAUUUCUCAUGCAGAAGAAACCACUAAUCUUCUUUGGUUGUUGCUUCGUCUCCACUCUGGUUGUAUUGCUAUCAAUCACCAUUUUUCAUCAUCGAAAGAGAAGAAAAUUCCAGAAAGCAAGGAACUUAAAAAAUAUACCAUUGAAGAAAGGCCACAGCAGAGUUUUUAGCUAAACUAUCAUUUCUGUCAUAGUUUAAAGAUUCACUCCAGUUCCAUAUACUGGUAACUUACAAUGUGAGAGACAGCUGUAACCAAGGUGAAGACAAUCAAUGCCUUUGAAGUGUGGUUCAAAUCAUUCCUUUAGGUACUGACAAUCAGUGAAUCCGAGCUGAAGACACCCUGACAGUAACUCUGGGCGUGACCCUAGACAUUGCUUCAGGAAGUGUGAAUCACUACUUCACAUCCCUUUUCUGUAGCUUUCUUCUGUAAAUAGCAAUUGCUAUUCAUGGUAAAGAAAUUAAUUUUAAAAAGUGAAA